AAGUCGUACGUGUGCGCUGCGCAGGCAGUCUCCCCUGCAAAGUGCUGAGAGCGGAGGAGGAGGAGGAGGGGAUGGACCGCGCAUUCGGUCCGCCUUCUGGAUGCAGCAGAGCUAUUUAGCGAUGCAGUUUCAGCCAGCCCCUUGCAGCGGGGGGACAGCGAGAGGCAUGGAGAUCCACUCCUCGACAACAGCGAGCCUGGCAGCGGAGUGGUCUCUGCGGUGACUGCACACUGCGAUGGCAGGACUGGUUUCUGUUUACAGACUGCAGGCUCACAAACCGCUGGACCAGCAGCUCGCCCGUCGCUGAUUUACAGUACAUUUUGGGACUGCGUUUGCUUUUUACCUUUAUUUUUUUUUUACAUAUAUUUUUCUGUUUUAAGGAGACGGAGACCCCCCCUUCCUCUCACAGAGACCUGCACGGACCAUUUUCUUUCUGGCGAGCAAUUUUUGAAAUUGUGCUGUUGUGCGACCGCCGGUGUCAUUUUAUGUUUUACAAGAAGUUACAUUCGUUCUGCACGAAAUGCAUGAUAACAUGUAAACCCCCCCCUAACUGGAAAUCAUUCCCAGAACUGUGAAUGAUACCUGCUUCGUCGGAGAUCGGGCAGGGUGGCCGAAAAGAUUUACAGAUCUGGGAUCGAAAUUUCGGCUGCUGUGAUCGCGCACUGCGCGCCGGGUGGAAUCAGAGCAUCUCCGCUAUCAGAAGCACAGACCUGCGCCUGCACUCCGCCUCGCUGUUAUAUCAAGGGAGGAUCCGCGGCAGCUGACUGGAGCCGAGAUCACGGAGCAUGCUUUGGAUGUAAAAUUAAGAACAGCGCAGAGCAAGAUGGGGAAAGAUCAGGAAUUGCUCCAGGCGGUGAAGACUGAAGACGUUGUUACGGUACAGAAGCUCUUGCAGAGGCCUAAACCUGGAAAAGCAAAAUUGCUGGGUUCUGCCAAGAGAGUCAAUGUGAACUUUCAGGACACAGAUGGGUUCUCCGCGCUGCAUCAUGCUGCUCUCAACGGGAACACAGAGCUCAUUUCCCUGCUGUUGGAGUCCCAGGCCACUGUGGACAUCAGAGACCAGAAAGGAAUGCGCCCACUGCACUACGCAGCCUGGCAGGGGAAGGUGGAGCCCAUGAAGAUGCUGCUGAAGUCAGGCUCCGCGGUGAAUGGGCAGUCGGACGAAGGGCAGAUCCCCCUCCACCUGGCAGCGCAGCAUGGGCACUACGAUGUGUCCGAGAUGCUGCUCCAGCACCAGUCCAACCCCUGCAUCGUGGACAAUGCCGGCAAGACACCUCUGGACCUGGCCUGUGAGUUUGGCAGAGUUGGGGUGGUCCAGCUGCUGCUGAGCAGUAAUAUGUGUGCCGCCCUGUUGGAGCCCAAGCCAGGCGACUCCACUGACCCCAACGGCACCAGCCCUCUGCACCUGGCUGCCAAGAACGGGCACAUCGACAUCAUCAGGUUGCUCAUCCAGGCUGGGAUCGACAUCAACAGGCAGACCAAGGCUGGCACAGCCCUGCACGAGGCUGCGCUCUGCGGCAAGACAGAGGUGGUCCGCUUGCUGCUGGAUAGUGGAAUCAAUGCCCAGGUGAGGAACACCUACAGCCAGACAGCACUGGACAUCGUCAACCAGUUCACUGCCACCCAGGCCAGCAGGGAAAUCAAGCAGAUGCUUAGAGAUGCCUCUGCAGCCCUGCAGGUCAGGGCCCUGAAGGAUUACUGCAACAACUACGACCUGACCAGCCUCAACAUCAAAGCUGGUGAUGUCAUCACGGUGCUGGAGCAACACCCUGAUGGCCGAUGGAAGGGCUGUAUCCAUGACAACAGAACAGGAAAUGACAGAGUGGGCUACUUCCCUUCCAGCAUCGUGGAGGUCAUCAGCAAGAGGGCAGGUUCAUGGAAUACAGUCAUUUGUACCCAACAGUAUCAAAAGAUACAGCUCUGUGCGCCGGCGUGCGGCCCUGCCGCCGUGGUGAACGGGGACUCGUAUCAUCAGUUCCAUUUCCUGCCGCCUCCUCCACCUCCGCCACCACAUUCCCAUCAGCCUCUUUUCACUUCCUUUGGCUAUAACAGGUCCCACAGCACCUCAGAAGAGCUGCGUUGUGGACAAGGCGGAGACCGCAGCAGCGUGGGCAGCUCGGGCAGCGUGGCGAGCGCGCGGUCCUCGGGGAGCGGGCAGAGCGCUGGCGGCAGCGUUCACGCGCUGCACGCUCAGGCGGAAGGCGUCAAGCUCUUGGCCACAGUCCUGUCUCAGUCCCAGAAGGCAAAGGAACACCUGCUGGAGCAGUCGAAGUCCGUGGAGCAGUCCACAGGUUCCUCCCGCCAGCAGGGCUCCGCCGCCUGCCCCUUCCACGAGCCGCCGUACGGCGAGGCGCCGCCGCAGAGGAAGGGAGAGGCUCCGUCAGAGGCGAAGAGCUCAGAGGCUGUUAUCCGUUGGCUGAGCGAGUUUCAGCUGCAAGUCUACGCUCCAAACUUCAUCAACGCUGCCUAUGACAUAGCCACCAUUAGCCGCAUGACCCCCGAGGAUCUGACAGCCAUCGGAGUGACAAAACCUGGGCACCGCAAGAAAAUCACUUCGGAAAUCAACAAGCUCAACAUGACCGAGUGGCUUCCAGAGCACAAGCCGGCUAACCUGGCAGAAUGGUUGUCCAUGAUUGGCCUGGGGCAGUAUUACCAGGUCCUGGUUCAAAACGGCUACGAGAACAUCGACUUCAUCACUGACAUCACCUGGGAGGACCUGCAGGAGAUCGGUAUCACCAAGCUGGGCCACCAGAAGAAGCUGAUGUUGGCCGUGAAGAAGCUGGCGGAGAUUCAGAAGGCAUCGGAGCAGGGCCGCAGCACCCUGCGGAAGAAGGCGCCCCAGUCCCUGGAGGUGAUGGCCAUCGAGAGCCCUCAGCAGGAGAGCGCGGAGUGCAUGUCCCCCAAGAUGAGCACUUUCCAGGACAGCGAGCUGAGCAAUGAGCUGCAGGCUGCCAUGACGCGGGCCGGGGAGGCCCAAGAUGGCUCCGAGCCCAAGCCAGCCGGCAACCAGGCGGUACAGCGGGCGCGCAGUUUGCACGACAACAGCGUGGGCAAGGCCAAGGAGCCAGAGGACGGCAGCAGCGUUCAGAGGAAGGAGGUGCGGCCCAUGCGGCAGACCAGCCAGGGGAGCCACGGGGCGCAGAGGGCCAGCGUACCACCUGUGGUGGGGAAACCACGUCAAUCCUUCCCUCCGGCUGGAGCAGGGGGAUCCUUCACCCCCCCACAGACCCCUACCAAGCCCAGGCCCUCCUCUCCACAGACUAUGGGGCCGCCACAGGCCACUGCCAAGGUGAAGCCCACCCCCCAGCUGCUGCCCCAGGUGGAACGGCCCAUGUCACCCCGUUCCCUGCAGCAGUCCCCAACGCACAGGGGCUUCGCCUACGUCAUGCCGCAGCCCGUGGAGGGUGGAGAGGGGGCAGGAGGCGCCCAGCAGGCGGCCCCCAGCCCACCCGUGUCGGUGCCCGUGCUGUGCCUGCCCCCCCAGGGCGACGAGUCGGACGAGGAGCAGGGGCGGCCCAAGAAGCGGGCGCACAGCCUGAGCCGCUACGCCGUGUCGGACAGCGAGCAGGAGCGGGACGAGCUGGCGGUGCCCGACUCCGGGCCCUACGCCACCGUGCAGCGCCGCGUGGCCCGCAGCAACUCGGUCAGGGGACAGUCGGCCGACAAGAACGUGAACCGCAGCCAGUCCUUCGCUCUGCGGCCCAAGAAGAAAGGCCCGCCGCCGCCCCCGCCCAAGCGCUCCAGCUCUGCCAUCUCCAGCACCAACCUGGUGGACGACCUGUCCAAGGAAGGCGGGGAGCUGGAGGUGGGCUACCACGAGCAGCGGCGGGCCAGUGACUUCGGGGGCACCGUGGACACGGGCAGCGCGGGCAGCGUGAAGAGCAUCGCUGCCAUGCUGGAGAUGUCCUCCAUUGGUGGCGGUGCCAAAGCCCUGGCGCUACAGAAAUCCCUGGGCGGCAGCGGCCGGCACUACCUGCAGGUCAGUCCGGAUCACGCUCGGGUGGCCGCUCUCCACGGCACAGGGAAGCACCGUGACGCCAUCGGGCUGGACGGGGAGGUGGUGAACCGGCGCCGGACCAUCAGCGGGCCGGUGACCGGCCUGGUGGCAGCCGCGCGGAGAGACCGCCCCCCCCGGGAGCCGGGGUCCGGCAAGGACAGCCUGGCCGUGGAGCCAGGCUCCUGCAACAGCUCCGCCGAGAACCUUCCCUUCGCCGACGACGGCCACCACACCAUCAAGCAGCGGCCCCGUGGCGGCCUGGGCAGGGGAGAGGGCGGGGACGGCCUGCCGGAUCACGUCUACAUCCUCCAGCAGGACGAGCUGUCCCGCAUGGACGCCACGGCCACCCUGAAGAGACGAGUCAAACCCCGGCACCAUCCCGACGGGGUCAAGUUCCAGCUCACCGAGUCCAGCACCGUCAAGCGGCGUCCCCGGGGCAAGGACAGGGAGUCCUCGGCAGAUCAGCCGGACGGGCUGGCCCUCGCUCCCUACCAGAACGGCACCAGCACCGUCAAGAGGCGGCCCGUGUCCGAGAUGAGCGGCACGGACCACCCCCGGCCCCAGGGCAACGGGGAGCUGGGACUACGCAGGGACAGCUCCGAUUACGGCCCGCAGAGUGCCGAGAGUGAGCCCAGAAAAGCUGUCAAGCCCCCUGUGUCACCUAAGCCGGUCCUCUCUCAGCAGGGCCCGGUGAAAAAGCAGGGCCCCCCCACACCCACAUCUAAGAGAGCCCCCAUUCCUGGACCGGGCAGCCCAGAGGUGAAGCGCCUGCCGCCUCCUGUGUCCCCGAAGCCCGCCCCGCCCCCAACCCCGCCGAAGCCCCCGAAGGUGCAGAGCGUCCUCCAGUCAAUCAGCCCGAGCCCCAGCCCCAGCCCCUCCCCGGCCAAGCAGCCCGGCGGCAAGGCCUCCAGCACUCCACCCUCGCUGUGCUCCAGCCCCGCCAAGCCCCUGAGCCCCCCGGCCGGCAGCCCGCAGCUCCUCCCACCCCCUACCCCGGGCCCCACGCCCCCGCCGGUCAAACCGCCACGGUCCUCCAUCUCCGGGGCGUCCACCGACAGCGCCGGGCCGGAGGCCGCCCAACAGAAGCUGGAGGAGACCAGCGCCUCGCUGGCCGCCGCCCUGCAGGCCGUGGAGGAGAAGAUCAAGCAGGAGGACGGGCACAAAGACUCGGUGGCUGAAAACAAGAGCACAGUCAGCAUUCUGGAUGACAUCGGCAGCAUGUUCGACGAUCUGGCUGACCAGCUGGACGCCAUGCUGGAGUGAAGAGCACAGUCACUGCCACUGUGGCACAACCUCAGGACUCUGCAAGGGCACAAGGGCAACACGGACUACCGGCACAACCCUUUCUCUCCUCUCCAGCCCUCCCAAGACUACCCCCCCCCCCUCCCCCCACUCUCCGCACACCCCUCACUCGCCCCUGUCGGGCUUGCACAGCGAUCCCGAUGCGCAGAGGACCCGGAUGAAUUACCUCAGGACCGAGCUGGAGAGAAUCCGGAGUGUUUGUGACACCAGGGACACAGUGCACACAGAGAGCGAGAGGGUCAGUGAGCGCCUUUUUGUGGAACAGAAACUAAAAUGUUUUUCUUUGCUUUCUGUAUUACUGUGGAAUAUGAAGGGUGUUGUAAAAAAAAAAAAAUCAUAAUAAUUAUUAUAACAUAUGGUAUGUGUAAAUUGUAAGCAUGAGGAAAGAAGAGUUUAUAUCUUAAAUCUCAUAUAGAAAGAAUAAUUAGUCAGUACAGUGAUAUAUAUAUUUUUAAUUUCUUUCCCCACCGGUACAAGUUCUGUUUUGCGAUACGUGGGAUAAAAGAAGAAAGAAAUGACAGCUAUUGAAAACUCGAGACGAGUCCAUGCAGGAAUUUUGAGAUCGUGCUGUUCUGAUCUUUGUUUUGUACGUCCCAGUCCUUCCUGUGUUGGCUAUUCAAUGGCUUCGCAGCAGCAUCAAACUUCAGACGGACAGAGCCGACCCCCCCCACCACCCUCUUGCCCACUCCUUUCUGACCGUUCGAAGGCAAAUCUCCUUUACAUUCCAUAUCCCUGCCCUCCUGACCUGGGCCGGCCUGACCGCGGGGAAAUUAAUGGUGCUGCCGGGGAAAAAGCACACAAACACAGCUGUCCGCUCUCUCUCUGCAUUUUUCAAGGACAGUGGCCCAUGUGCCUUUUUCAUCGGGGGAUGACAAGGCCUCUGGCUUGUCGCUGUGAAUGCCCCUACUCCCUCCCUCCCUCCCUCCCCCCAGCAGAAAGAGCUGAUCGGUGCUCAGACAGAAGACUGCGCUCGUGAGACACCGUGUGUCUGCUUUGGCAGAAGGAAACCUGCAGAAGCCGAGCUGCAGCUACAAAGUGCGUGGGAAGCUCUUGUGCUAAUGCGCGCAGGCGGACAGGGCUUGUGGUCCACACUGGACCCUCCGACUCCCCUACAUCUCACCCUUCCAGGGCUUCGUAACUGCUGACAGGCCGGCGGGACGCGCAGCCCGGGACAAGCACAGGGAGGCUCGUCCGAGGCUCCGAUGAAACUGGCAGCAUUCCAUUUUUUAACACAACACGAUCCCAGGAAUGGCCACAUCCCAGAGAGGAAGCCCCUGGGACGCGGCGCCCAGAGAGAUACCACACUGGGCCCCCCGGCUUCGGAUUCAAAAUUCUUAAAAAUCUAAUUUCAAUUCUUAAAAAAUGGGAUACUGCUUCCUAAUAUGGCACAAAACGAGACUCCUGUUCUCCACCCAGUUUCCCCCCCUCCCCCCUUUAUAGAUGUGCUGUUUCUGCAUGACCAAGAAAAGGCUGAUUCUGCUGGCUAGCACUGCCAUUGAUCAGCGGCCGGACUCCCAUGGCCUUCCAUGUAAGACUCCUGUAGGUACUGUGUCUGUGAACGCACGCGCCUGUGUGUUAAACCAUGUGUUAAACCUGCAGGACUCUUCUCCCGGGGAGGUUGCUGCAGGAUUUUUGAUUUUGCCGUUUUUCUUUAUUCUAGCAGACGGUGCUGACCUGCUGUGUCUGCUGCACUUGUGCUAAUAAGGCAAAGAGCAAUAUGAGGGCUUGUGAAAACACGCAACGCUUUUUAAAUUGGUUGUACCACACAAUAACUACAUGAACUAUUUCAUAGCUGGGGAUCGCUUUGACCUUAAAGGCACCUGAGAGGCUCUGUGACAUAGCAGUUAGAAACAUCCCCUCUAUAAUCACAUGCAGUGAUCUUGAUGUGUAAUUGGCAUUUAUGGCCAUAUCAGUGUUAAACGGAAAGUCUCUCAGUAUCCCUCGACAGAAAGAGUAUUGAACCGUACGUGCCCUGUGCUUGAAUUUUUUAUGUUCACCUAUAUCUUCUGGUUUCUCAACUGUGGAGGGCGCACACAGUGGACACAAUCAGUAGCCAGGCUUAUGGUGUGAUCUUAUCUUAUUUUGUUCUCUACAGACUUCCUCCACAGUCUGUAAGGCGUUUAUAACGAAAGCUCAGGUGGGAUAACAACAACCAAGUUCAAUCAGACUCAGCCAGCAGUGAUUAGCACUUCCAACAUCCUUUCCACUCCUAAAACACUCUCAAUACCUACGUGAUCCCCUUCUCUCUCUCUCUCAUGUACGUCUUUUGCAUCCCAUCUCUGCAAAGAAUACCUGCUGGUGUCGAUGUUGAGGAAGCCGGUAUUUUUAGGCACAACCCCUGAACAUCUGGCUUAAAAGAGGAGAAAGCGUUCUCCUUAUUUCUGUUUCUAGGAAGCAGUCCUAGGGAAAAGCACUUUUUUUUUUGCAGUUGUUAGCUAAGCCUGUCAAAGGCCAGGCUGUUUUAAAAGACCCCUAGGAUCCUGGAAGAUAUUUGCUGCAGUCAGCUGUGAUGAAGGACGUGUCGAAAUUGGUUUCAAUGAAAAGUGAGAACAGUCACCCAGGUUGGUAAAUAGGUUUCAGGGCUUGUCAAGAGGUCAAGGCGGGCAAGAGGGAGCUAGCUGAGAUCUCCCAGUACUGCGGCGAGAAAGUAUCCCACCUUCACUCUCCGCCUCGGCUGCUGUCUCGUCUCUGUCAUCACCAUCGUCACUCGCAGGCUUUCCUUCACUUUCACUUUUUUUUUUGCACAACCAUUUUCCCCCCGGUCACACUCAUCACUCUCUCUGACAGCGCCCCAGCGCCCGAGGCUGCCGUCCGGGGCAGAGGCUCAGGGUAGCCGAGGAAGAGGACGCCAUGAUUGCAAUAGGACCGGCAGCAAGACACCCCAAGAUUGCUAAAACAAAGAGGGGUAUGAAAAUUAAAAAAAAAAACACCUCACAUAAGAAGUUUUAAGAGGCCAGAUGGUUCAUGCAUUUUCUUGUUCAUGAGAAGCACAUAUCCUGCAUCCUGACUGAGCUGCAGUCAUGCACACACCUUGUGAAACAGCUCCCUGCCCGUCACUACUGUUUUCACAGGGGGCCGAAAGAUAUAAAGCUAAUAAUUUAUUCUAUAAAUAUAUAUAUAAAAAAAUAUUUAACAUUAUGUAUCAUCUUAAAAG